GAAGGUGUGCGGAAGAAGUUGGCAGCCAUCUUCCUGAGGUCAACUCUUCGGCGCAGGAUGCCCAGACACUGUUCUGCUGGGGGCUGCAAAUCUCGUGACAACCGUGAGACUCGUAAUGCUGGUAUCACAUUUCAUAAAAUACCUAAAGAGGCCUCACGGCGAAACCUUUGGAUCAGCAACUCCCACCGUGCCGACUCCUGGGAUCCUCAGACCAACUUUGUCUACUUUUGCUCCAAACACUUCACCCCGGAGAGCUUUGAGCUGGCCAGUUGCAGUGGAAUCAGGAGACUUCGAGAGGAUGCAUUUCCCACUUUGUUUGAUUCCUCCUCUGCCACCAAAUACAAAUGGCUGGGGAAGAUCCUGAAACAAGAAGAAAGAAAAAGUUCAGGUGAGAUGUCAAGCGACAAGCCUGCAGCUGAAGCCACAGUUCAAAGGUCAGUGGAGGCCGAGGAGACCAAUGAGGAGACACCGGAAUCUUCACAAGGCACACCAGAAAGCGAGCAGCGGCAAACGCAAACCUCCUCGCCGCCAUCCCGCUCCGUCUCGCCUUCUCGCUACAUGCGCCGCCUGCCCCCUCGUCCGGGCUUCUACCUGCCCAAGGAGCACAGCUACGCUCAGCUCUGCCCCCUGGUGUGGAGGAGACGUUACGACCUGGCCGUGGACUACUUGGAGAAAACGCUCCGGCAACUUCACGCGGCGAGGCGCCGCGAGAACCGACUGAGGAACGCCUUGCUGAGGCUGCAGGACAAACAGCAGAAGCAGGCGCUGGUCGCGUCGCGCAACUUGGAGGCCAGACCAUCUCGAGGAGGACCGGCUGAGACGAGGAAGUGCAGUUACUGCGGGAGGGGCCAUGUCCAAGGCGGGGAGCACACAAAAGUUGAUAAAGAUGUGAUGAAGACCAAAAACAAAACAGCUGAAAUGACACUUAAGCUGGAGCGAACUCCUGAGGAUGUCACAGACGAACAUAAUGGGACAAACUCUCAUGUCUUCCCACAUGAGGCCCAAAGCGCAGAAGCUCUGCCUGAUUUUUGCGAAGCAUCGAGUGAGUCGCCGUUGUGGGUGCGCGGCGAAGCCAACACUCAGUUCAUCCUGGUCCCCUUCCCCGACGAAGACCAGCUCCAGAACUAUCUCCAGAUAGAGGAGGUGCCAAGCCGCGCCAUCCUGCUGUCAGAAGUGGAUCUUCAACAAGACUUGCAAGUGGAGAACAUGGAAACUACGAGAAGAGCGGGAAGCCAGCAUCACACGGUCGUCAACUCCUCUCAGGUGGAGCUGGGUGAGGAUGUGAGGGAGAGACUGAAAGAACACCUGGAGGGCUUUCACCUGCAGCUCAGCAACGAGUUUGCCAACUGACAUCUGCCAAACCUUCUAACAUAGAAUCAAACACUUAGACCAAGUCCACACAAACACAGGUACCUUGUUGCUUUUUGUACUUUUUAUAUACAGUAAAAUGUCUUCCUGUCAUGAUAUGAUGAAGGAAACACUUCCUCAUGGACAUGAAUCACACGAUACUGCCUCUGACCUGCUCCGAGCUAGAUAUUAUUAACCUAACAGACGCAGUCAUAAACAUUCUUAUGUCAUUAUAACAUAUUACAUUUUGGAAUUAACUGCAUGAUGAUGACGACGACAGUGGAGGGCGACAUCGCUUGUGUCUUCUGUGUGAGGAACAAAGUAUUGGAGAGUUGUUGGCCCAGCCUUUUUAACAUUCAGUUCUCUUUAGGGAGGGAGGGAGGAUCUAGGACGGCUGCCAGCUGCUGACAGAAAGACACACUGCAACACACACACACCACAGGGAGAGGAGUGGACGAAGAGACACGCAGGACCAGUAAAAGUUGCCUCAUUCGAUC